AUGGUCGCGUUUAAGCGGUUUUUCCAGGCGGAAAAGAGCCCAUCGGGCUCUCCAGGAGGGGACACUCGCGCAGGCAGUCUAAGACAUGUUAGUCUUCCCUCCUCCAAGUCUGGAAGUAUCAAAAGUGCCCGAUCCCGUGGCGUCGAGCAGCAGUUCCAUAAAAUCGAAAAGCAAUUCGAAGUCAUGCACGACCAGUUGCAGGCUCGUCCAAUGUCCCCUCGUUCCCAGGCGGCGCCCUCGCGGGGCUCCAGUCGACUGACCGAGCGAACACCGCGCCAUGUUGACCUGCUGGACGCGCUGUUCUCGUCGCAUCGGUACCACAUGCAGUCGACGACCUCGUUGUCGCCAACGACGCCGUACAACGAAGACAUCGCGGAGCGGAACAUGACCCAGUUUCUCCAAUGUCCGCCUCAGCCCCCGCCGCCGAAGAAAAAUGUCUACAGUCGGCUUGUCUCUGCGUUGUACCAGGAAGACGUCGCAGACAGGAACAUUUCACGAAAUAAGAGUUUCCGUUCGUUGUCUCGCCGGAAGAGUGGUCGAAGCAGAGGGCGGAGCUUCCAGUCUACCUCGCAAUACUCUCCGGAUAGUCCUGGCUCUCGUCCACGAUCCAGAGCAGAUGAGAAUCAGGCGUCGACGGCACCGCUUGGAAGAGCCCCAAGCUCGAAAGGCUCGUCCGCUGAGCCCGUCGAGGCUAUAACCGCUUCACGGCAGACCACCCCGAAUGGCAGCCCGCUCCGUCAACAGAGGUCGGCGCCAAUGCUUCUCAGCGAACAGCAACAUGAACCUAAAAGGGUGACUUCGGAACCGACCCUCCAGGUGCCGCCGUCAUAUAAACAGGGCAAACGAUGGAGCAACACCCCUCUACCUGAUAGCCCAACGUUGCCAAUGAUGGUGAGGCGGGACGCGGAUCCCAACGAGAACCAACCCGUGCAAGAAACACAAUCGAAGACGACCAGAAACCAAAACACGAGUCCGACUCCUCAAAGCCACCGACCGCCAAUGGCCCCUAGGUCAGGGUCGAAGAAGAACGUACGGGACCUAUCCAUCGACACCGAACUAGCAUCUCGUGGCCAUUCUACAAAGAUUGGCCACCGUGCUAUCCAACCCCCAACUCCUAGCAACUACGAAAUGAAGCAAACCCCCAACAUCGCAGAGGUCAUGAACAGCCCCUUGCCAGCUGCUACUCCCACGUCUCUAUCCCCACUGCCCCCGACAGACCAGAAGAUCGCCGAGAUCAUGGACAUGUUCCGUCAGGCAUACAGCUCUACCCAAGCGGUCACGCCCCAUCCUACAUUCGAGACUCUCCAAGAUGCGAUCAUCCGGGAAAUCAACUCCCACGAGGCCUUCCAGCGCGUCCCGGUCCCCAACCAAGGACCCCCUUUCACUCCCUCUCCCACCCAAGCAUGCUUUGACCGCGCCGCCAGCGGCGCAAAAUCCCCCGCCCCAGGAUCAACCAGAACCCUCUCCUUGAAAGACAGCCAGCUCUCCAAGCUGAUCAGACGGGGCUCCUUCAAGAAACACCGAGGGGGUUCGGAGGCGAACCGCAGUAUCUCCACCAGCGUGCCAUCGAAGGUCUUGCGCCGCCCCUCGGAAGCUACCACCCCAACCCGCCGACGACACACCGACGCUCCACCCCCCUCGCCGGGAUUCUUCGACUCCAUGGUUCCCCAGGAGGCCCCCCGCGAAGAACCAGUGACCUACAUGGACAUUCUCCUCCGCUCCCAGAAAUCCGCCCCCGGCUUCCCAUCCCGUCCCAACCCCGUUCCUGAACCCCCCAAGAAUCUUGGUCACUCCCACUCCCUGGGCACGGUCUCCUUGCACAGCGCGUCGGACGCCGCCGCCUCGCCCUCGGUGUACUACAUGCGCGCCCAGACCUCCGCUUCCUCCAGCGACAGCCACCCCAGCUUCUCCGUGGACGACAGUGACGAGGAGGUCAUCCAGUUACCCAGCGUGGGUAUCCCGCACGUCCAGAUCCAGGGCGUCGACGAGAACAACGUAACCUACAUCGCCGAGAACACCACACCGCAGAACGCAUACCGGCUGAUGAAUUGGCCGCAGAAGGCCCGGCGGAGCGUCAGUCUCCGCGGGCAUGUGCCUGCCGCGCAUGAGAAUCGCCAUCAGCAUCAGCACCAUUCCUCGCGGCCUUCUUCAAAGGAUAGUAGGAAUGUGGUCCGCGGUGCGCGUUCAGUGGAGUCUUAUUGA